CUCUCAUAAUCAGUCAGUAAAAGUCAUCCACAUAAAACAAACGUCUCUCGCAGUGAAAGUUCUAGCACCAAAAACUACUAUCGAAAAAACUAACUUGUUAACGGUUUAUCUAUCGUGCUGUUCCAAUUGUCGUGCAGAUAUUUGGUGAUUCUAAUUGCUUGUGCAUAAAUUUCAUUAAAAAAAGUGUACGUUCAUUGAAUUUCACAUCUAAAACCAUGGAGGUGUACGAGUUCGAGAAAUCGUUGCUGACCCGGCUGCAGGAAACGUCGGAUGUGUUGUGUGCUCGGGGAAUCGCCCUGCCGGCAUCGGAGGUACGAACCGAGUGGGCUAACUAUGUCGAGAUGGCCAUCGAACCGACGGGGUGGCAAGCGCAGUGGCGCAUUCCGCGCGUUAUGUGCGAAGAGCUGUCGCUCAAGUUUCCCACCCUGGUGGUCGGAACGGUGGAACAGGUUCUGUUCGAUGAACUGAAGGCGAUUCUGGUUGUGGAAGCGGUCCAGGACGAUGAUGUGCAUAUGCCGGAACGGCAGGUGGUAGCCCUGGAAGAACUGUGGCCUCUGAAGGAGCAGGAGAACGAUGCGUUGAAUGUGGACCGGACGGCGGAUUGUUUGGAUCGGUUGAGAUUUUUUUAUCAGCAUGUUUGGAUGCCUUGGGACAACGACGAGGACGAUGAUGGAAGCGACUGGGCCGAGAAAAAUCUGUACGAUAGGGUCAAGUUCUACUACGACGUUAAGAAGCGGGUCAUGUCCAAACGCUUGGUUUCUCACGUGAUGGCUUUGCUGGCCGAGGCCAAUUACGUGCAAAAGAAGCGGGAACUCCUCGAGAUGGAAGUGGACGAAGAGGACGAAAACGAUUCCGAGGGGGAAGUGGAACACGAGAACAAAAGGGCCAAUAAGCUGGUUGAGCUGCAUCUGCGGCUGAAUGUUAUCAAAAACGAGAUGAAGAUCCUGGAGGACCCAACACUGAGGGAUGCCUUCGAAAAGGUACGUUUCGGAUCCCCAGACGAGAAGCAAUCCAGCGAAGAGGCCUCGAUUGUGGUCCACACGGGUACCCUAGACCAGCACAUUAAUUAUCUCACCACGGCCAAAUCCAUCGUCGGAUCUAGCAAAACCGUUAGAAUCUGCGAUUCGCUACAAGGGGCUCUGGAUAAAUGCGCAGCCUCGAAUGAGCUCUAUCUUCCCCCUGGCAAGCAUCCGAUUAAGUUCCUCGAGUAUCUGAAUGGGGGUGGACUGCUAAAAGCAGUGACCUCCGUUCGAUUUGUAAAUGCCUGCCAGGCAGGACAGCUUCAGCAGCUGGUCAAAGAUGCGGCGAUGAUCUGCUCCAAGGACGAUGACAGCGUGCUUCUGAAUGUGGAUGGCGACUACUGCUUCGAGAACGUCAUGCUGGACUGCGUCAAUGUGCGGACCGGUGUCCUCGUCAAGCAAGGAAACGUUACUUUUAGGAAUUGCUACCUGAUGGGUGACGCGGAAUCCAGCACCAAGCAAGGAAUUGUGGUUUUCGGCAACUCUCGAAUAACUCUUCAGAACUGUGUGCUGAAGGACUUUUCGACUGGUAUAUAUGCUAAUGAAAACUGCCAAAUCUGUCUCAAAGACAGUGUCAUUCUGGAGUGCACUCGGGGUGUCGAAAUCCUGUCUGGAGGAAAUGUCCGAUUCCAGUCAUCGGAAGUUCGUAAUUGUAAAUCGUACGGAGUUCUUCUGGAAGUGGAUGACCUUAAUACCUCGCAGGACAGCGAACAGACCCGACAAGUGUGCAAUGAUUACAACGAAAUCGGUCGAAGUGAGCUAAGCUUCGAAGGCAGCUGCAGUUUCCGAGAUAAUGGCAAGGCUAAUUUCAUCAUUUCCAAGACCGGAAGCGCUAAAUUCAACAACUCGUGUUUUGUGGAACAAGCAACGCCGUCGAAUGUAAGUAAUCGCAUAUGCAAUAAUGAAUCGGAUAGAGCAUUUGAGACUGUACCGGAUGGGCACCUAAUCGACUACAAAGGACAAUUGGACAACGUGGGGAAACUACUGUGGGGAGGGAACCAGACUAAUGGGAAUGGGUUCGACCAUAAUGACAUCAGCACCGCUAGCAGUACCGACAACGACGGGACCGAUCUCUACUCGACUGUGAACGAUAGAUCAGAGUGUACAACAACCAGCGGUACUUCAAGCUGUUCGGCAGCGUUCGAAACCAGUGCCGUCAUAGAAAUUGAGGAGUCCGUUAUUGAAAUUGAUUGAGGGGUUGUGCUUGUUUUGAGGAGAAUAAUAAAUACCGGUAAUUAAUUGUGCAUUUGAAUGAUUUGGGUUCUUACGAAUAACAACUUGUAUGUGACAGACAACGAGAACGACUUUAAAAGAAAAAGUGUUUACUGCAUGUACAGUAAUAAAUGUUUGACCAGACUUUGACCAGAACUUAUCGACAAAUAACUGACAUACUUAAAUCAAACAUUAGGAAAAUAGAUAAUUCAGCAAUUAUGUAGGAACAGAAUUACCAUAAUUAUACUGUUAUUAUUCCCAGCCUCGUUAACCAUA